UAAAGCUUCUUGUCUCCAUCAUGAUCAUUUUACCCAACACUCCACCAAUUCCAACCCUUUUACAAGUAGAAGCCGAUGUGUUUACUCCUCAGUUGGCUUCUUCGAGGGCCUCCUUGUCGAGCGCUUCCACAGAUACAUACAAUGAUUUGGUUAGAUAUGUCGUGAGUUUGGAACAAUAUGUGGAGGACCUCUUUGAAUUUGCAAACUCUAAAUCCAAAACAACAUCCUCAUUGGCUGGUUUAGUCCAGUUCUGUGGUGAGUGUAAAAUUGUUGGUUUGACUUCCACUAUUCCGUGGCUACACAUGCAUUUCCGCAAACUACCUGAAACUUCACCUCUCAGCAGCAUAAAGAAGCUUGCAAACUUCAAAAGUAAUAAAGGAGAUUGGUAUUUAAUUAAUGAGAUCGAAAUAAGUAUACUUGCUACAUGCUUGAUAUAUAAUCGGCUCGGUGCUGAGUUGGUGAACGAGUUGAUCGAAAUAGAAGUUGAUGCUCAGAAUUCUGUUGAAGAGGUCAAUGAAAAGUGGAAACAGGUGAUGAGUUUCUUCAAAAAGGCCAUUUCAUUUGCCAAGUAUGGCAUGGAAGUUAACGGUAACUUCAGGGAGUCCAACCAUCUAAAUGGAAAUUUAUUUGGUUUUGUGGAGAAAAUAAGUAGCAUCUGUAUUCAAAUGUCGAUUCUUUCAAAAUCGUCCUGGAUUAACAGAAACAGCUACAAUGAAAACGAGACCUUCAAGACGAAUAAUAAUGGGACUUUGUGUCGGGUAGCUAUUUAUGUUUUGGGUGAAUUGAAAAACUGCAAAAGUAUCUUGGGGGACCUUCAAGCGAACCCCAAUUACUUGGUUUGUAUAGAUACAAACAGUUGGUCCGAAUACUUGACAUUGGUUGAAAAAUAUGCCAAUGCAUAUGCUGGUUUAUUUUUGUCUAUUGAAACAUAUCAGCAAAACAAGUUGGGUCAAGCAAUUGGUCUUUUGAACUAUUGUCUUGUCACUCUUCAGAGUAAAAGCAUGUCUGUCAUUAAACCAAAGAGAAGUAAGCUUAAAAUUAGGUUGAAAUCGAAAUUCUCCGAGAAGAAAAAUGAAGCCUAUAUCAAUAACCUUCAGAGCAUAACGUCCAUGAAUCUCAACAGCUCAUUGUUUAAUCAAAAAUCUGGUAUCAUCUUGAAGGACAUAACCUAUUUGUUUGACCAGUUGAUUCAACUCCAUCUCAAGUUCACGAAAGAGAACGAUAACUUGGUGUUUGAUACUGUCACACACUAUCAAGAUAUUCAGAAGGAUAGUAGGUGGCCUAUAGGGUCUCAAAUACCCGUUAGUGACAUUCCUGCUUUUAAACCAAGGGUAUUCGGUGAUUCGCCCCAGAAUAAAAAUGAUUCUUCAGUUAGGGGGAGGGCAUAUUAUUGACGUAGAUUAUAUACACGAAUAUGAUGAUCCGUAAGUAAA